CACACACACGCGCACGCAGCAGUGAGGUACGAAGUUAGCUCUCUGGCUAACCGCGGUGCUUCUUUUGGCUUCUCGUUUCCGUGUAGAAAAAAAAAAGAAAAAAGAAAACACACGUCGUUUCCUCAGAGACGGUUGAUUUCUCUCUGGUUUGAUGCCAUACAGGUGUAAAAACACCUUUUUAUUUCGAAGUUUGUUUCAUUUCUUUCUUCCCUCAGAAACCCCGCGAACGGAUGUGAAGGUGCCGAAGUGAAGUGGCUUGUUUUUGUCUUUAAACUUAACUACAAUUAUCACUUAUUAUACUUCACGUUUUGUUCCUGUCUUUUAUUUCAUCCUUUGGGAGGUGGCGUGUCAGUGAUACUGACGUGGAGAGAAAAAGAUAUUUUUUAUUUUUUCUUGGUUGUGUUUUUUUUUUCCCCCCAGUGAAAUGGAUGUGAGAUUUUAUCCUCCUCCUCCAUCAGUAACAGAUCCAUCCAGACUGGGACCAUCACACUGUUCAGACUCCAGACUGGGACCAUCACACUGUUCAGACUCCAGACUGGGACCAUCACACUGUUCAGACUCCAGACUGGGACCAUCACAUUAUUCAGACUCCAGACUGGGACCAUCACAUUAUUCAGACUCCUCAUACUGCAAUAAGUACGACAGUGAAAGCAUGUUCAUGCCAGUGCCUGAGCCGAGCCAGGACUUUGUGCCAGUGAACCAGUUUCCAAGCUCCAAACAGACUGCAGCUCAGUGGAAGAGAGAAACUCCUCCUCAUCCAGACACUCAUCGCCUGCCACACUGGUGCUACCCGGUUCCUGGUCUCGGUGAUGACGACUUCAACAUCCCCCCCAUCACCCCUCCCUCUCUCACUCACCUGGCCGACAGCGAUUCCGGGUCGUACCACCCGCUCUGCCCCCCCGCCCCUCACACGCUGCACCCCUUUAACAUGCAAGGAAUGGACCUGACCAACAUGGCCACCCCUGGUGUGACAGGACAGGACGGGAACCUCCUCAGCGCCUCCUCACUCUCAGUGAUGCAGCAGAUGGUGAACUCUGACUCGCGAUAUGGUGGCCGUCCUCACGGGGACGCUGUCAGACCCAGAGUGUCCCCAGGAAUGGUUCCUCAGGGUCAGCUGACUCCCGUCAACCAAUCACAGCUCAGCACUCAGCUGGGCAUGAGCGGGAACUCCGGGAAUAACGGGAACGCUGGUGCUCACGGAUCACCUUCUCCUCCAGAGAGCAAAUCAGCCACACCUUCUCCUUCCAGCUCUGUCCAUGAGGACGACGCAGACGAGGCUCUGAAGAGUGGAGCGGAGAAGAGAGCGGCUACAGAUGUGGCAAAAAAACCCAAAACUCCCAAGAAGAAGAAGAAGAAAGACCCGAACGAGCCUCAGAAACCCGUCUCAGCGUAUGCUCUGUUCUUCAGAGACACUCAGGCUGCGAUCAAGGGCCAGAACCCCAACGCCACCUUCGGAGAAGUGUCCAAGAUCGUGGCUUCCAUGUGGGACGGUCUGGGGGAGGAGCAAAAACAGGUGUAUAAGAAGAAGACAGAGACGGCAAAGAAGGAGUAUCUAAAACAGCUGGCUGCUUACAGAGCCACGCUCGUCUCGCAGAGUUACAGUGAGCCGGCCGACGUGAAGGUCUCCCAGGCGUCUCAGAUGCUUGGUCCGAAGCCUUCAUCGUUUCAGUCACAUCCAGCUCUCUACAUGGCUCCUCCAUACCCCCAGCAGCCCCAUCUGCCUCCCAUGCAGCCCGGACUGACCCGGGGCAGCACCUCUAGGCCAGGUGGUAACAUUAGCUUGGGCAACAUGGCGGCUGCCUCGCCUCCUCCUCUACAGAUCAGCCCCCCUCUACACCAGCACAUCAGCCUCCAGCAACAGAUGGGCAACCAUACGAUGCAACUGCACUCACCAUCUAUGGCCCAGGGGUUUCCUCUCCAGGCCGAGUAUCAGAGUCUCAUCAGUGUGUCGUCUCCUUCUAUGGAUUAUCGCUCUGGCUGCAGGACCGGACCAUCUCAGGGGCUCGACUGGACCACUGACUACUGUACCAACAGUGCUCUGCAAAGGGACAAAGCUCUGUAUCUCACCUGACUGAGACCCGACUAAGAAGUCCUUCAGGAACCAAGAGGAAGUUCACGCCCCUCAUAUGGACGAAUACACACCUCUUGCCAACUCGUACACACUCAUACACACACACACACACACAUACACACACUUAAACACAUUGAACACACAGAUCUGUACGUGUGUGCGAGUGUUGCUCUUUCCUCAUCGCUUGCUCUGUAACUGAACCGUCUUGUUCUGGGUUUUUCUGGGACUAAAAGGAUGUAAAUUGUAGGAUAAAGUCACUUUAAUUCCAACGGAGGGGCUUUAAAUAAGAUCCCUGUUGGUUUUAUUCCUUUGUUAAUGAAGUGACACGAGUCAAACUGUGAGUCUGUCAGUCGUAAAGCACUUACUGCUCUAUAACUAAAAAAAAAAUCACAUCUAAAAGACAGGGAGCGACACACAAGCCAUGUAUUAUUAUUAUUAUUAUCAUUAUUAUUAUCUCAAACCGGUUACACAUGUUAUGGUGUUCGAUUAAACCCAUUCUAUUCAGAUGGUUACUGAACAUAAGGUGAAUCGAACAUCUUUAACUUUGUAGAAUCAAAUAAGUUUAAUAAUAAAACCGUGGACUCCACGUGAGAGCCGUAGAUAAACUGAACCUGUAUUACACACCAUCUAAAGGGUUCGCUGCCUAACUAACAGAGAAAUGUUAUUAAAACGUUCUGUAAGGUGACACACAUUAUAAUAAGUAAAAUAGUAAAGAUCACAGCUAACAGAUUUCCACAUGACUAAUGCAGGCUGCAGGUCAGAGCAGCUUCAUCUCAGGUCACAGUAUCAUCCACAGACACGUCUGAUGAACACAGGCUUAUAAUCAGCAAUAACGAGGAUAGGAACGUUUUUGACUUCAUAAUGAAUAUUUAUAAAGUAUUCAGUACUCUAAAGGGGUUGAGUGGUGGAGAUCGUUCUAGUGCUCUAUGUAAUAUCCAGGGUCUUUGUUACAGUAACGUUUGUGUUACGGUUGUAGGAAUGUUUCUAAAUGUUGCCCAAAAAAACUGACAAUAUGUCACUUACAGUAUAGAUCUAUAGGUUCUUUGUUGAGCUAAAAUGUGGAAAAAAUGUAUCUUUUAUCAACCAAGCUUUGUUCAGACGUCUAUCACGAGAUCGAUAAUAAUAAUAAUAAUAAUAAUAAUAAUAAUAAUAAUAAUAAUAAUGGCUUAUGUGAACACACUUAGAGAGCAAAAUAAAAACCAAAACUGCUAAUUAUUUUAAAAUAAUACAAAAAUGCAUAAAAGAAUAUGUGAAUGAGACUCUCUCUCUCUCUCUCUCUCUCUCUCUCUCUCCCUCCCUUCCUUCCUCUCUCUCACUCUCUCUUUCUCCCUCUCUCUCUCUCUCUCCCUCCCUCCCUCCCUUCCUUCCUCUCUCUCACUCUCUCUCUUUCUCCCUCUCUCCCUCUCUCUCUCUCUCCCUCUCUCCCCCUCUCCCUGUCUCUCUCUCUCCCCCCCGUCUCUCUUCCUCUCUCUCUCUCUCUC